GUGGACUUUAAGUCAACAUCUGAAGUUAGUCAUUAACGCUGUUUAAACAUCACAUCUGUCAUCCACAACCUUCCUUUAUUCUCAAAAUACUAAUGUUAUGUGGAUUAGAUUGAUACGCAGCUCAGCUGAGGCAAGGUACUGGAUAGUCCACCUUCAUACCACUUGCACGCUCUGCAUCUAGUGCCCGGCAAUAAACUCAGUAACCUGGCUCUGUAGCCAUCAUGUGGCGACCCUUGCUCUGCUUGUGUCUUCUUGUGCUGUGGUCUGUGAGUGCGUAUAGCAGAUCAGUCUUUUACAGUGGACCACAGGCACAUUCACUUCUGCGCUCCAAACGGGCUAAUAGCGUGUUCGAGGAGCUCAGACCCCCAUCGAAAGAACGUGAAUGUGUCGAAGAGAUCUGUGACUUUGAGGAGGCCAGAGAGAUCUUCCUGACCCGAGAGGCAACGCUGGAGUUUUGGACUGUGUACACAGAUGGUAACCAGUGUGAGCCCAAUCCAUGCAUCAAUGGAACAUGCAUGGACAAGUUCCAGUCCUUUGAAUGCCUCUGUCAUCCUGGUUAUGAGGGGAGAUACUGUAAUCAGCCCAGCACAGCCUCUAACUGCUCUCUGAAAAAUGGCGAUUGUGACCAUGAGUGUAAUUUGAGGUCUGAUGGCCUGGUCCGCACUUGUAGCUGUCUCCCAGGAUUCAGUCUUCAUGAAAAUUCCAGAACCUGUAGUCCUAUCAAUAACCAUGCCUGCGGAAGGAUUUUGAUACACAAGUCCGCAUUCAAUACAGGGCCUAUGGAAGGAAUAAUGCCAUGGGUAACCGGGGGAGAAGCAGGCAUGAGGGGAGAGAGUCCCUGGCAGGCUCUUUUACUCAGUUCGUCUGGGAAAUUUCACUGUGGGGGAGUUCUAAUAGACAAGAGCUGGGUCCUCACUGCUGCUCAUUGUCUGGAACACCAUACUCGCUUCAGUGUCAGAUUAGGUGACUAUGUGCGCAGCAAGAAGGAGGAUUCAGAGGUCACUGUGCCGGUGGCAGACAUUAUUCCACAUCCGAAUUACGACCGCAUAUCAGUAGACAAUGACAUUGGACUACUGCGCCUGGCAGAACCAGUGAAAUACUCCACCUACAUCCUACCAGCCUGCUUGCCGAGUCGAGGGCUAGCCGAAGGGGUGCUUCACCGCAACGGUACAGUCACCAUUGUAACAGGCUGGGGAAAGGUGAACGAGACAGACUGGCGUUACAGUAAGGCCCUCAACUUCAUCAAAAUCCCACUGGUGGACCACGCCGUAUGCCAGCAAACGAUGAUAAACAAUGUGAGCGAAAACGUGCUGUGUGCCGGUGUGUUGGGCGAAAUACAGGACGCCUGUGAGGGGGACAGCGGUGGGCCAAUGAUGGUGGAGUAUCGCAAGACCUGGUUUCUGAUUGGUUUGGUGUCUUGGGGGGAAGGCUGUGGUCACAAAGACAAACUUGGCAUUUACACUAAAGUAUCUAACUACAUAAAGUGGAUAGAUAGAGUUCGUGCAAAGUAUGAGUAGGCAUGCUUCACAUCUCUUGCUGUCAUCAGAAACAGCAUAAAAUGUAAUAAAAAUAAGAGUCCCAUUAUUGAAAGAGA